CUAAAUAAAUGAAUGCAUUCAUAAAGAUAAAGCUCAAAUCUCCAUGCAACUUUAGGAGUAGUAGUAGUAGUAGUAGCUAUAGAUGCUUCUUCUUCUUCUCUGAAUCCAAUGGAGAAGAAGCUGAUGAUGAUGAUGGAAGAUUCAUUGGAAAAACAAGAAGAGAUGGAAAAUGGAAUAAGAAGAGUGAGUUCAAGAGCUGAAGUUGAUACGUCAAUGCCAUUUGAGUCUGUUAAGGAAGCUGUUACUCGUUUUGGUGGAAGUGGUCCUUGGUUACCUCUUUACAAGCUUGGUGAAGCUUAUCAGAACAGUAUUGAAGACUUUGACAUAAAGAAAAUAGAGGAACAAGCAGCAAAGUUGGAAAAGGAUUUGAUUAUGAAAGAACUCGAAACACUUGAUGUGCUUGAAGAACUCGGAUCUGCCAAAACAAUUCUCGAGAAAUUAAAGCAGCAGCUACAAUCUGAAGCAUUGAAAUGUGCUUCAACUCAAUCGUGCGAAAAUAUUGGAGCUCUUGUUAAAAAUUCUGAAAAGAUUGUCCACCGUCAAGAGAAAAUAUUGCAAAUUUCAAGUCCAUGCCAUACUUCAUCGCCCAAUAUGUUGCUAACCGAGUUAAAAGAAGCGAAGAUGAACCUUGGUAAAACUAUAAACGAUCUUGGGACAAUACAAUCUUCUGUCGAAACUUUGAAUAAGAAGAUGAAGAAGGAGAGACUUUUUCUCGAGAGGACACGGGAGAAUCUGCAAUCAAAGUUUGCAGCUAUCUCUGCUCAAAAUGUGGCCAAAAAAGAAGCAAUUACAAAGCCACCAGAAGCUCCUGUAGAAAAGGAUUUUACUUUUGACACCCCCCAAAAGGUUGUGAAGGAUUACCAAUUGGAUGUUGAACAGUUCAAUGGAAUGGUUGGAACAAGAUCUGCAGAAGUUUCGAAGCAAGGGAUUGAGUAUGAAGAGAAUGAGUUUAAUAUUAAGACUGCUGAGAUGAGGUGGUUUGCAGCUAAAAAGAUGGAAGAAGCUGCAAUGGCAGCCGAAGCCGUUGCUCUAGCUGAAAUCAAGGCUCUAUCUGGUUGUGCUGAUAUAUCAUCGCGAUUUUCUAUGCGAGAACAUCAGAAAGUGACUUCUGCAUUAGAGGUAUACUCUACUCUAAACCCCGAAUUUCAAAUACCUGAAGAGUCUAUCUUGAAGAAGGUAAUACAUGCCAAUUUCAAAAUGGAUGAAGUAAAUGCUUCUAAACACAAUAUUCUUAAAAAAUUGGAGGAAGCAACCGAAGAAGUUCUACGCAGCAAAGAAAUUUUAACUGAAGCUUUAAACGGUAUUGAAACUGCAAACAGAAAGCAACGUGCUGCUGAAGAGGCUCUAAGGAGAUGGAUUCCUGAAAACUAUCUAAAGGGCCGAGCUAUGCAUAACUCGAUUAAGCGAAACAAGUUCAAUCAAGUUGAAAAGUGUCAAACUAUGAAGCCCGCUGUAAGAUCCUCGGUUUCAAUGAGAGAUCUACUUAGUAGAAAGCAGGUUCCUGACGAAUAUACUACGACAAAGGAGAUGGAAGAGCAUGCUGAAACAAAGGUAGCAUUGAGUCAAAUGCUUCGAGCAAUGAGGGAAAAUCAAACUCUUCCAACUGAACAUGAGAAUGACGGGGGCGACCAAAAGCAGUCCAUAGCACAUCAGAAGAAGAAGGUUGGAUUCAUUCGAAUAUCAUUCCCCUUUGGAAAGCGAAAUGAUAAAAAGACAUGAAUUCAAUUCUAAUGCUUAUGUCACAGCUCGUGCAUCAAUGUCUCGCCAUUCGUUAUUGGUUCUUAUAUUUUGUGAGCUUUUUGGUUGGUAUGUGUAAAAGUUUGUGUUGGUAUUUGAUUUUGUAAGUUAUGUUGUUCCUAACAAAGUACUCUCUAUUGAAAAUUCAAGUGCAAGUUUGGAGUUUGGUAUAGUCAAGAAUGAGUUUCAUGAAGAUAAUAUAAGAGGAAAAAUUCUUUUGCCUAAUAGUUUAAGGUAUUGGGAGGAUAUAUGGUGUCAUGCUCCUUCACUUGAGGGGGGGAGUAUAUAUUGAGGAUUUAAUGUGAGUUUACAGUCCCAUAUUGGUUAACAAUGGGUUUCAUGAAGAUAUUAUGAGAUGAAAAAUUCAUAGUUUUAAAAUUUUAAUGAACAUCUUGGUGUAUAUGCUAGUAUGAAACAUGGGAGUUUCACGUGAUUUUUUAAUUGUUCUUCACUUUUUUCA